GGCCGCGCUCGGGCCCCACGCGGAGCCCGCGGCACCGAGCCGUCCCCGCGUCGCGACCCGCCUCGGACCCCAGGCCCCAGCGGCGCCGCGCAGCCCAGGCCCGCAGCGUCCGCGAGGCGGGUGCGCCCCGGCCCGCCGCGCACCAUGGGCGCUGCCCACUCCGCGUCCGAGGAGGUGCGGGAGCUCGAGGGCAAGACCGGCUUCUCCUCGGAGCAGAUCGAGCAGCUGCACCGGAGGUUCAAGCAGCUGAGUGGAGAGCAGCCCACCAUCCGCAAGGAGAACUUCAACAACGUCCCCGACCUGGAGCUCAACCCGAUCCGAUCCAAAAUCAUCCGUGCCUUCUUUGACAACAGGAACCUGCGCAAGGGGCCCAGCGGCCUGGCCGACGAGAUCAACUUCGAAGACUUCCUGACCAUCAUGUCCUACUUCCGGCCCAUCGACACCACCCUGGGCGAGGAGCAGGUGGAGCUGUCCCGGAAGGAGAAGCUGAGGUUUCUGUUCCACAUGUACGACUCGGACAGCGACGGCCGCAUCACCCUGGAAGAAUAUCGAAAUGUGGUGGAGGAGCUGCUGUCCGGAAACCCCCACAUCGAGAAGGAGUCGGCCCGCUCCAUCGCGGACGGCGCCAUGAUGGAGGCGGCCAGCGUGUGCGUGGGCCAGAUGGAACCGGAUCAAGUGUAUGAGGGGAUCACCUUUGAGGACUUCCUGAAGAUCUGGCAGGGAAUCGACAUCGAGACCAAGAUGCACGUCCGCUUCCUUAACAUGGAAACCAUCGCCCUCUGCCACUGACCGCGCUGCCUUGGAGAAGCUGCCGAGCGAGGCUGGAGCGGCCCAGGCCUGGCGGGCGGCCUUGGCGGCGGCUCCUGUGAACAUGGCUGCUCGCGCCCUCCUGUGCCACCCAGGGUAUGGUAUGUGGGACUGGCUGUUUUUAUCUCUAGUGACAAUAAUAAAAGGAGGUUUGUUAAUGAG